AUGAAUAAUAAUAAUAAAUAUAAUUAUAUUUUAUUAUCAAUAAUUUUAAUUUUAAAUUUAAUAUUUAUAUCACCAAUAUUAUGUAUAAAAGUUUUUAAAAAUAAUGUAAAGUCGAGUGACCAAAUUACAGUAUCAGGUAUUAGCAGUGGUGGUUAUAUGGCAGUACAAUUCCAUGUUGCAUUCUCAUCAAUGGUAAGAGGUGCGGCAAUUUUAGCGGGUGGACCAUACUGGUGUGCAAAAUCUAGUGUAAUCACAGCACAAUUGGAUUGUAUGAAAGCACCAGAACUAAUUAGCAUCACAGAAUUAAUUGGUGCAACUGAAUUUGCAGCAACUUCAUUAACAAUUGACGAUCCAUCCAAUUUAAAGAAUAGUCAAGUUUGGUUAUACUCUGGUAUGAAUGAUACAGUUGUUGUACCGGGUGUAAUGAGAAAAUUGGUUGAAUACUAUUCAAACUAUGUCAAUAAUGAUAACAUUAAAACCAUGUUCGAUAUUCAAUCAGAACAUGCUUUCAUCACAAACUCAUUUGGUAAUAAUUGUACGUACUUAGGUCCUGAUUAUAUAAAUAAUUGUAAUUUCAAUGCACCAUGGGACUUUUUAUCACAAUUUUAUGGUGAAUUAAAUCAACCAUCUUUAAAUAAUUUAACUGAAAAUAUUAUUACAAUUGAUCAAUCAUCAUUCAUACCAAUUGGAUAUACAACAAUCACAGCUGGUUUAAAUAAUUUUGCAUAUGCAUAUAUUCCAACUUCUUGUAAAAAUGAUAAAUCUUUAUGUUCAAUUCAUGUUGCUUUUCAUGGUUGUUUACAAACUGUUGCAACAAUUGGUGAUAAUUUUUAUACAAAAACAGGUUACAAUGAAAUCGCUGAGACAAAUAAUAUUAUAAUAUUAUAUCCACAAGCAUUGGAAACUGAAUUAAAUCCAAAAGGUUGUUUUGAUUGGUGGUCAUUUACUGGAGCUGAUUAUGCUUCUCAAUUAGGUGUUCAAAUGGGUGUUGUUAAAUCUAUGGUAAUGUCUUUGUCAAAUUAA